AGUAUCGAGUCUCCAGUCAAGUAUGUGGCUUAUCGAUAUGGUGUGUUUCCUUGAUCUGGCGGGGUAGCUUCAACUUCGCCAAAUCUUUCCACACGUAUGAAUGCACCUUCACAACACAACAACUCCGUACCCAGUGCACACCAAAAGGCCAACGAAAGAAUAAACCUUUUAUAAAUCGGUGUAAUUCUGUCGCUACCACCUUUUCGCCACCCACAUCUCGAUCCCGGGCCACCAUGGCGCUCCCCGCCGCCUCACAAACGGCAUCACCCUCAACCACCACCACCCAACCCUCCCACAUCCUGCCCGCGCCCUUCACAAACUCACAACUCGAGCUCCUGACGCAAGGCGCCGAAGCCCUCGUCUACCGCACCCACUUCCUCACGCCCAACACGCCCGUAGUCCUCAAGUACCGCCCGCCCAAGCCCUACCGCCACCCCAUCCUCGACAAGCGCCUCACCAAGCUCCGCAUCCUCGCCGAGGCCCGCGUGCUCGUGCGCGUGCGCAAGGAAGGCGUGCCCGUCCCCGCCGUGCUGGGGGGCGACUGGGACAAUGGGUGGCUUAUGAUGGAGUUCGUGGAGGGCAAGACGGUGAGGAGGGUUCUGGACGAGUGGGUUGAGCGCGGUGCGUUCAAGGAGGAGAGGAGCGCCAGCAUUCCCGAGGAGGGGGAGGGGGACAAUGACGCAGGGAAGCAAAACCAAGGAGGAGGAGGAGGUGAUGGGGAGAUCCUGGACCUGAUGCGCAGGAUAGGCAGGGCGGUAGCCAAGUUGCACGAUCUAGCCGUCUGUCAUGGGGAUUUGACAACCAGUAAUCUCAUGUUGAGGGCGCCGCCGCCGCCCAAGGAGGAGGCGAGUCCCGAGGGUUCGUCACAGAAGCCGUUGGCGGGCAGACAGACCGUGUCGACUAUGCGGGAGGCCGCUAUGUCGGGUGAGGAGCCACCGGUAGCGGCGCCGUCGAAGGUUGAACCUGCGCGGGAUUCCUCGUUGGCGGGAGAUAUUGUGCUGAUUGAUUUUGGUCUUGCGGCGCAGGCGACCAAGCAGUCACAGGAUGAGGACAGGGCUGUGGACUUGUAUGUGCUGGAGAGGGCGUUUGCGGCAACUCACCCCAGUGCGGAGUAUCUGUUCCAAGAGGUGUUGAAGGCGUACGGGGAGAGCUUUAGCGACGCGAAGAGAGUGCUCAAGAGGUUGGCGGAUGUGAGACUGAGGGGGAGGAAGAGGAGUAUGAUUGGGUAGAUUUAUGCUUUUGCGUGAGAAAUACAAAUUACAACUUAGAUGAAUUCUACGAUCGUUGCAUCUAGAUAGCGCAGCAUUCGCUACAGUUAAGUCGAAGCUGUGAAUAUCGAG